AUGGUUCCCCCCCACUCGCCCGCUCGCCACUCGCACAUCACGGUCUCGUCGGCGACCGUGUCCGACUACUUUUCUGACCAGACGGCCGACUCGCGCUCCACUGCGCCGACAUCUCCGUCGUUAACCCACUCCGUCAAGGGGGGCUACGAGGCGCACACGGUCGACAACCACCUCGCCGUCCCGACACCGACGAGCCGCCGCCGGUCGCACGAGUUCGACACCGCCUCCAGCGACGACGCUUACGGCGGCCUCAGCGCCGACGAGGGCGACGACGACGAGGAUAACAGUAACCAAAACUACGGCGGUCCACCAUCGCCAUCGCCUGUGCGACGGGCACUCCCCCGUUCCCCGGCAUCCACGAGGCAAGAGCUCGCCUACACCCCCACCCGCAUCCGCCGUGUACCUGUCCCCGAGCGCACCGAGAGCAUGUACUCUGACGAAUCGCCAGACUAUCGACGGCUCUCGACCGCCCCAGGCUCGGCGAGGCAGGUCAUCGAGCAGUGGGAGAAUGCCUUGUCACCUGACAGCAGGGGGCCAUCCCCGGGGGCGCUGUUCACCACCGACCGCCCCUUGCCAGCCGCAGGCCCCAUCCCAAUCCCUCAGCCGUACCAGCCGCUUAGCCCGUCGCAGAACAUGCGCGCGCAGCAGUUGCCACAGGCCGUUCGCUCCCCUCGAGGCGGUAUCGCUCUCCCCCAACCUCUAAGCAGCCCGGGCAGGAGUCAUGGCUACCGCGACCCUUACCUCUCAGCGCCUGGCAUAGCGUCAGCAACUCCGCACACGCCCCCUCGAGCAGCUUACGCCUACCAGCCUGGCUCGCGCGGAUCUGAAGACUCACCGCGCAGCAAGAGGUCGCCCUUCGCCGCCUUCCGCAAGCGCGACUCGAGCAUCUCACCCCAGGCCGGACCGUCGAUCGAUCGCUCACCUGUCUCGCCCAUCAAGUCACCUAUGAAGAAAUCGCCGUUCAAGGAAAUCGGCAAAGUGUUCAACGGAUUCCGACACAAACACAAGGAGAAGGACAAGGGUCACACCGGCUGGGGAACAGGCGCGGUAGGCCUGCAUGCCGACCAGCCAAACGGCUACUCUUCUCUCGAGGAGGACGGCCAGUUCUUCUCCCCACCACCUCGCGUAGGCUCCGAGAUGCAGGGCGGCAUCGUCCUCCGCGACCGGCGGGGCAGCGCACCGCGUGCCCCAAUGGACCCGAAUGCCAUCAGGUCCACGCCGAUCCUGUACAUGGAGGCGUCGCGCACCACGGCCGCACACCCAUGGGGCUCGUGGGUCAAUGCGUGGGGCACCCUGUCGUCACGUACCCUCGCUGUGGCAUUCGCACCGACCACCGGCCCCAUAUCAGGCGUGAUGAGCGGCUUGCCAACGCCGUUCUCCGCCAUCGAGCCGCCGCCGGCUGGCACGCCGCCAGACGUCAAGCUGUCCAUGGUGGACUGUGCCUCGAUCCACUCCCUUCGCAGGGACGAGGCGGGCAGCCGUGGCCUGCCGUCCGUUCCAGAGGGAAUUGGAGCAGAGGUGCUCGAAAUGGUGUUCGUCGACGGCUCGAAAAAGCACAUUUGCGUUGACGGCGUCGAUGGACGUUUGGGAUGGGUUGGCGCAAUCUGGGAUACGCUACUGGCGAACAAGGACGGCAGAGGCAAGGAGCCCGAGCUGCCAGUCCUCACGCCGCGCGAUGCCACAUUCCCGAAGCUUAGCGACCCUCUUCCAAUCAUGGGAGGCGAGGCCGACCUCCCAGACCAGCCUGUGCAGAAGCUCGGCGACCUGUGGAUCAGGUGUGGAGACCUCGAUAUGGCCAACUCGACGCUGCGUCGGGGAUCCAUCACUGCCGCUGCACCGAGGUUAAACCGCGCGCUGCCCGACGUGCCCCGUGACACUCCGCCGCCAGCAUCAGACCCUGGUGCAGCUGACCUCGGCGUUCCCGAGCUCCCGCCCGCCAGCCCCUACUCUGGCCGCAGCAGCCCUCUUCCCCCACUGCCAGACGAGUUUGGCGGCGGUCCAGUCAACGCUGAAGUGUUAUCCUUGACCAAUGUCCGUCCGGGUGAGGUGGUCCAGGAAGUCUUGAGCGCCAGCCGAUCCGGCACGCCCGUGUCGAGUAGCUCAAACCAGAGCUCGUUCCAGACGACGUACCACAGCCUGCCUCAGUCGCAUAACGGCCCGUACCUCCUGGCGUCCAACCACCUCGGCGCGAGCAGUCUCAGCCUCUCGCACGUUCCGCCACGCUCGCCAUCGCCACCGUCAUCGGCUGCCUACGACGGCGCCACCGUCGAGGACGAGGAUGCCGAGUCUGUCAAGCUGGCGUACGAUGGCGCUGGCGAUGAUUCGGUCGAGAUCCUUGCGUACGACCGCGAACGAACGGUCGAGGCGCCGUCUCCAGCCAAGGGUGGACUGGACGCACCGCCGCCCCUCCCGCCCAAGAGUCCCCCUCGCAAGCAGCGACCACUCAGCGUCGUCCAGUCCCGCGUGCAGGCCUUGCACGGGCCCAGGACACCCGAGGGCAAAGCAACUCCGCUCCCGCGCAGCGAGCCACCGGCUGCCCGGCGCGAGCCUCUACGCGAGUCGGUGGUGCAAAUGUUCGAAGCCGCCCCUCCCGUCGACGAGCCGCAGAAGCGUACCCAUCGCUCAUCGGCCAUGGCGGAGCGGAUCCGCGCGUGGCAGCCCAACCCCCGCGAGGCUUCUCCCCCACUCACGCGUGUCGACUCGCCACACAUCAGCGACAGCGUGCUCAGCUUUGACCCGAACGACCUCAACCCCUCCCGCUCUGCAAGCCAAGUGCGUCGCGGGGACUCGCUCGUUGCGGACGAGGACGAGCCGCUCGGUGCUUUGGGUAUUGUCACGCGCCGCGUGGCGGCCGUCGAGGCCGAAGUUGAGCCGGCAGCCCCUGCUGCUCUGGCCGUGCCGUCGCCUGUUGCCGGACCUCGCCGACCAAGGGAUUUAAGACAGGUUGUCGAGGCCAACCUCGGCGGACCGAGGAAGACAGCCAGCCUGGACUUGGACAAGUCUGCCAACAGGGAGCUCACCAAGCCUGUACUCUCAGAACCAGUCUUGAAGCCAGCGCCAGAGCUUGUUUCGGAGCCACUCACCCAGUCCCCCGACCUUUCUGAGCCAGCUACCAGCUCGCCCAACCUAUCCGACGCUCCAAACGUCACCAGGCCGCUCUCGUUUGUCAAAGCAAAGGCUGUCGAUACCGACGCCAAGCCCGCCCCAAUCAAAACCAAGUCGGUCGACACACUCAACAUCCCGGUCACUACACCGGUUAGCGAGUCGAUCUUCCUCCGGCGUGAGCGGGAGGCCGCGGAGGCCGCCGCCGCCACUGAGCCACUCAAGCUCCGCGACGGGCUGCGACCUAUUACACCCAAACCCAAGGUCGAGAAGACCAAGUCGGUGGACAGCCUCGUCGCUGCCCGUGCCGCCUUGUUGCCCGUCUCGCCGGCUGGCACCGCGCCGCUGAACAUUCGCUCCCGGUCCCCUGUGCCGCCUCGUUCGCCAGACACACGUUCAAACGUCAGCUCCACGACGCCGAGAACAAUGGGCGCCAGAGCGCUCGCCGCUGCCGCCAUCUUUGAGCCGGGAAUCGUCGACCGCGUGACCUCGCCUUCUGUCGCAUCAUCUGCAGUGCUCGCGACGCCGCUUACUGUCCCGUCUCCUCGACCAGAGUCACCUAUUGUGGUCGCUGAGCCAGCUCCGAUUGUGUCGCGCGCGAUUGUUGCCUCGGAGCCCAAGUCGACGCCGCUUGCCAAGAGCACCGUGCCCGCCGCCGAUUCGCCGUCUACACCGUCCACGCCGUCGCGCCGCAAGCCCGUACCGGCCCUCAUCGCCGCGUUCGAGACCAGUGAGCCAGCGCCACCGACGCCGGCCAAGUCCACCACCCCGUCUGUUCGCAGCUUCCGGCCCGACAUGCCUGGCGGCCUGUGGGGUGCGAGCCCCGCCUCACGUCCGCGCAGCAUUCGCCCGGAGUCUGGUGUCGAGUCUUGGGAAACGACCGACGGGCACACCGCCACGCGCCGGGGCUCGAUCAUGUCCACCGAGACGGUCAACCCCAACGCGCCAGUCAUGGACUCGGUUUUGGCAGGCAUUCUUACUCCGACUGUCGAGAACCACGACCUUCGCACGGUCGACGACCACCUGCCUGUCCCGGAGGUCGAGCGCCAGGCCCCCAUGGUGGUGGGCACCGAUCCAAAGCUUCUUGCGCAUCUAGACGGCCAGACGGCCGAGCACGCCGAGUUGGCCCACCAGCUCGAGAGCGUGCACAUUGACGUCACGAGGGUGGCUGAAGGCGUUGCCAUGCUGCCGCCUGACCUCGCCCAACGAAUGGACUUGAUCAACACAGACGUCAAGGGUGUUCAGGCGGCCGUUGAGAGCUCCCGUGCCGAGAUCACCGCGUUGCUCGCGGCCAAGGCCAGCACGGACAAGGACCUGCCUCCGCCACCACCUACCGAGGCCGUCGAGCCCCAGCUGCCCGAGGUCAACGCCAAGCUUGACGCGAUCGCCCACCUGAUCCAGGAGGUGCUGAGCCGACAGGCGGACCUGGCAAAGGAGACGACGGCACUCACGGCGGCCGCCGCUGCUGGCGGAGCCGUUGCCGGUGGCGCGGUGUCCAGGGCUGUUUCUGAUGACGCCGCGAAGAGCAAGCCGGCCGAACCAGAGGCGGGCAUCCCGUCCCACGCCAAGCCGGCGGUCGAGAAGAUGACCGACUCGACAAUCCCCAAGCCCGACGAGCCAGCCGACAAGGAUGGUGCCGCCUCGGACGUCGGCGUCUCUGACGCUGUCAAGGAGUUACAGGAACACACGGAAAAGCAGACGGAGCAGACUGCGGAUAUCGCAAGAUACCUGCACGAGUUAAACACCUGGUUGGAGACGUUUGUUUCCAAAUCCAGCACCAACCUCGAGUCCAUGUCCAAGCGGCUGAACGGACUGCUCACCGAGGCGACGCCCGACGGCGUGGGCGCCGGGGGUCUCAUCCCCGAGAUGCACGACAUGCUCGCCGACCAAGCCCAGCGGGGCACCCAGAUCGACGAGCAGACUGCGCGCCUCGAGUCGCUAGUUGGCAUGAUGACUGCCGAGCGGGAACGUGCCGCGGCCAACCAGGGCAUUGUCGAGUCUGUUGUCGCCGUCGUGGAGAAGCAGCGUGCCGACAACGAGAUGCUCCUCCGCGCACUGGCGACCGACCUCACGACCGAGAUCCGCGGCGAGCGGCUGCACUUUAUCGAGGCGAUGCAGCAGGCCACAACGAUGAACAUGCAGAUCCACGUCGACGAGUUCAAGCGCGCCCUGUCGGGCGAGGUGACAAAGUCGAUGCACGAGCUCGGCAAGAUGCGCGAGCAGCGCAAGGCGCUCGAACACCAGAUUGCCGACCUGUUCGCCCUCAAGGCCAAGCACAACGGCGACACGGAGCCGUCCACCCCCGCACCUUCGACGCCUGUCGCCCCCCAGGUCACGACAUAUGCCAACUAUCCCUCGCUUCCCUCGCCGUCGCCUGGGCGGUCGCCCGGGCGCAGCCUCCCGCGUGCGCCAUCGCCUGGCGGCCCCAUCCCCAUGCAGCCCCGCUACUUGCUUGGCGGCAAUUAGAAGACUUUAUCAUAUUCAAUUCUUACACGGACUCUUGUACUUGUUAGCUCGAAUGCACAUCAGAG